GGGGAGUUGAUUAAAGUAUCCGAGCGUGCGCAAGCAACAGAUCCCAGAAGUCACUUUUCCUUAGCAGUUGAGCUAAUGGACGUCUCCAGGCUUCUCAUGGUCCUCGUCAUGGUGAUAUCCACACUUGGAGGGAAAUCAGAAGCAUCAAAUUCUUCAUGCAUUCAUCUUGACCAAGAUCUCUAUAAACUUAUUAAAGGUGAAGCAUUUUACUAUGUGCCGACCGUUAUGGAGGAUGUCAACCUGCCUGAUGAAAAUAUCACGUGGUACAAAAAUGGGCCUGAUUAUAAGAAUAUUACCACGGAUGAGGCCCAGAGGAUACAUUACCAUGGUGGGGCACUCUUUCUCUUAAACAUCAGUGAUGAGGAUUCUGGUAAUUAUACUGCCAGGCACAUAACCCCGUCAGAUAAAUGUUUCUACUAUCCUGUAAGAUUUGAGGUCUUCAGUGAAAACAGUCAAGAGAAUUUAACCUAUGGAAGUAUCAAAAAUUCUUACCGGAACAAACGAAUUCCCUGUCCAAGUCCUGUUGAAGACACGUGCAUCACUUUUAAGGGGAACUUCUCUUGGUUAAAGGGCAACAAUCUUCUUCCUGGCAAACAUGAAGCUCGCCUGAGGUUAGAAAACACAUCAAAACACGAUGAGGGCAUCUACACCUGCAUAUGUACCUGGACAUACAAUAACAAGGUGUACAACUCUUCUGGUUCCUGGAGACUUUUUGUUCUGGACCUCGUUGUCUAUAAGGUGGAAAUUAUCUUUCCAACCAGCAAGGAGCAGUUGGUUGAUGAAGGAGCUCCUGGCCCCUCUCUGAAGACCAAUCUCCUUACCCUAUCUCAAAGGGAGUGCCUGGCCGCCCUACAGAGGAAGCUCAUUUCAGCUGCAUGGCAUUUCAACUGGGCAAACUCGCAUGAACUAUAG